AUGGGUAAUGAGGCGUCUCUUCCAGAGUUGUGUUCCACAUUUGAUGUCGAGGAAAUUAAGCGACUAGGAAAGCGGUUUAAAAAGCUUGAUCUUGACGGGUCCGGCUCUCUCAGCGUUGAAGAGUUUAUGAGUCUCCCGGAACUUCAGCAGAACCCGCUUGUUGCACGUGUUAUCGAAAUUUUUGAUACUGAUGGCAACGGCGAAGUGGAUUUUAAAGAGUUUAUCGAAGGAAUGUCUCAGUUUAGCGUUAAAGGGAACAAGGAGGCGAAGCUUAAUUUCGCAUUUAAAAUAUAUGAUGUCGACAAAGAUGGUUACAUUAGUAACGGGGAGCUCUUCCAGGUAAUUGUUCUGAAAAUGAUGGUUGGUAAUAACUUGAAAGAUGCACAGCUCCAACAAAUUGUGGAUAAAACAAUCAUGUUCGCUGAUCAAGAUGGAGAUGGUCGUAUUUCAUUUGAAGAAUUCUGUCAAGUCGUGAGCGGUUUGGACGUACACAAAAAGAUGGUAGUCGACGUUUAA